AUGAGUGAUAAGGGUACUAGUUAUAGAGUAGGAGGGAGUUAUUCCAUCCCCCAGGAACUGAAAAAUUCUAUCCUUGAAGAAACCACUAGUGGCAAUGCAGAAGAACAUAGCGAUGUGCUCCAAGAGAGAAUGAAGCAGAGGACAAUAUAUAAUAAGGAAGAUGACUACCACAAAAGGAGGCAUGACUUGAAGAAGAAGAGAGAUAUUGAUCAAGUAGAUGACCAAGUUAAUGAAACAACACAAAUAGUAAAAAGGAAAAAGAAGUCUAGAUGGGAUGUUCAGUCCUAUGUUAUGCCAGAAGAAUCGAAAGCGACUGUUCAGGAGAUGAAUGAGAUUGAUAAUAUACCGAGUGGUAUGAACUUGAAGUAUUUCAAAGCAUCAGACAAAAUACAUUUCCAGUUAAUAUUAAAGAGGGAUUCCGAAGUUAAUAUGAGUGAGGAAGAACAGAAAAGAUACAAAUAUCUAGUGUUAUUAUUGAAAGUGAAAAAUGGGAGUACACAAAUUAGAAGGGAUUCCAUGAAGCAAUUGAUAUCAAAAUGUGAUACAUUUGGUCCAAAAAUUAUAUUCGACUGUACCCUUCCGAUAUUAUUAGAUAGAUCUUUAGAGGAUCAAGAGCGUCAUUUACUUAUAAAAUUUCUGGAUAGAUUGCUAUUCAAGUUAGGAAGUUCCUUAAGGCCCUUUGCUAAAGAUGUUUUAGCUGUACUGUCACCCCUACUUAUAGACGAAGACCCCACUGUAAGGGUUACUGGGAGGGAUGUGAUAAGUAAUCUAGCAUCUGCUACUGGCUUAGUUACUAUGUUACAAGUUAUUCGUCCAGAUAUGGAGAAUGAGGAUGAUUACGUUCGAAACAUAGCUGCAAGACUGCUUGCAAUAAUAUCUCGACCAUUGGGAAUUAACAAUAUUAUUCCAUUCAUAGAUGCUGCAUGUCAUUCAAGAAACUCAUGGAGGUCUCGUCAUACAGGGAUUAAGAGUAUCGGACAGAUAUCUAAAUUGUUCGGUAUAGCACAAUUACCUUAUUUAAACUCGAUGAUGCAAUGUGUUUCUAAUGGGCUAGAUGAUGAACAUACGUCAAUCAGAAUGUUAACUGCCAACACGAUCGCCACUCUGGCUGAAGAUUCAUAUCCGUAUGGUAUUGAAUCUUUUAAUAUUAUUUUAGAACCACUGUGGAGGGGCUUAAGAAAACACCGAGGUAAGAUGUUAGCUGCAUUUGUACGAUGCCUAGCAUCCAUUAUACCAUUGAUGGAUACAGAAUAUGCUGGUUAUUAUACAGAAGAAUUAUUGCAUAUAGUGAGUAGAGAAUUCUACUCCCCCGAUGAGGAAAUGAGAAGAGCAAUAUUGAUUGUACUACAGAAAUGUGCCAAGGUAGAAACUGUUACCCCUAGAUACUUGAGAGAAGAAAUUGGUCCAAUUUUUUUCAAAAACUUUUGGAAUAGACGUGUAGCAUUGGAUAAGAAUCUGAAUAAAAUGGUAACCUAUACUACAGUAGUGCUAGCCGAAAAGAUGGGCUCUGCUUAUAUUGUAGAAGAAUUAUUGAAACCAUUGAGAGAUGAUUCUGAACCAUUUAGAUUUAUGGCUAUACAUGCUGUUGAUAGGGUUGUACAAGUAGUUGGAACGACAGAAUUAGAUAGUAGAUUGGAAUCAAGGUUAAUUGAUGCAUUGCUAAUAGCAUUCCAAGAUCAAAAGGAUGGUGAUCCAGUGAUAUUCAGAUGUUUCGGGACAGUGGCUGAAUCACUAGGUAUACGUAUGAAACCAUUCUUAUCUCCAAUUGUAAGUGCUAUCUUAAAUCAAUUAAGGCAUAAGGAUAAAAUAAUCCGACAAAAUGCAGCAGACCUCUGUUGUAUCCUGAUACCUGUUAUUAAGGAGUGUGGAGAAAUUGAGAUGAUCAACAAACUUAAUAUUAUUCUCUACGAAUCAUUAGGUGAAAUGUAUCCCGACGUUUUAGGGUCAAUAAUUAAAGUUAUUGGUUCAAUUCUAUCUGUUAUGGACUUCAAAGUAUUACAACCGCCAAUAAAUCAAAUUUUGCCAUCAUUAACGCCUAUCUUAAGAAAUAAUCACAAAAAAGUCCAAUUGAAUACGGUGAGAUUAAUAGGUUGUGUAGCUCAUAAAGGACCUGACUAUAUCCCUCCAAAGGAAUGGUUGAGAGUAUGCUUUGAGUUGUUAGAGCUCUUGAAAAGUACACACAAAAAAACGAGAGUAGCUGCAAAUGCCACAUUUGGUGAAAUUGCGGAAGCAGUUGGACCUCAAGAUGUUUUGGUUGUGUUAUUGAAUAAUCUUAAAGUUCAAGAACGUCAAUUACGUGUUUGUACCGCAGUUGCCAUUGGUAUUGUAGCGAAAGUAUGUGGACCAUAUACAGUCUUACCUGCAAUGAUGAAUGAGUACAAGACUCCGGAGACAAACGUUCAAAAUGGUAUAUUGAAAGCCAUGACAUUCAUGUUUGAAUAUAUAGGGCCAAUGUCCCAAGAUUAUGUUUAUUUUAUUUCACCGUUAUUGGAAGAUGCGUUGGUCGACCGUGACCUAAUUCAUCGUCAAACUGCAGCCACAGUAGUGAGAAAUAUCGCUCUGAAUUGUAUCGGGGUAGGUAAUGAAGAUAUAUUCAUUCACUUAUUAAAUCUUUUGAUGCCCAAUGUGUUUGAAACCUCACCUCAUGUUAUCAUUCGUAUUUUGGAUGGGUUGGAAGCAUUGAAUUAUGCAGUUGGGCCAGGUAUUUUUAUGAACUACAUAUGGGCUGGACUGUUCCAUCCUGCCAAGAAUGUAAGAAAUACUUUUUGGAAGUUGUAUAAUAAGAUAUACGUGGGUAAUACUGAUGCCCUAGUUCCUCACUAUCCGGGCUUACAAGAUGAAGAAAACAAGAUAGAGGAAUUGGACUGGGUUCUGUAG